AUGAAAGAAUAAAUACUGAGCCGCCUGUUGCAUCCAAGAUCAGUCUCACUAAGUCCAUCACCAUGCUGCGCCUCUGCAUCACAGUCUUGCUGGCAGCAGUUUGCUUGCUCUUGGAUGCAGGUGUCUCUGCAACAAAAGUCACCACAUGUGGUGCCCACGUCCAACGCCUCAGCUGUGACGAAGGAGUGAUCAGUGUGCAGACAGCGCUGUAUGGACGUGCAGACUCUGACACCUGCGGCACCGGAAAAGCUCCAGAGGAAGUUGCGAACACGGCAUGUGCUCUGGAUGGUGCUCUGGAUGUCCUCAAGACAAGGUGUAAUGGGAAGACCUGGUGUGAAGUGAGUCCAGAUGUCUUUGACUCUGAUCCCUGCAGUGACACCUUUAAAUACCUGGAAUCCACCUACAGCUGUGUCCCAGCAACUCACCUAGUCGUAUGUGAACACUCUCUGGCACACCUGCGUUGUGAUGAGGGACAGGUCAUUUCUGUCUGUGGUGCUGACUAUGGACGCCGUGACCACGAAACAUGCUCUUUCAGACGUGAUGCUGCUCAGAUUCAAAACACUGACUGCUCACACCCAACUAACAAAGUGGCUGAGAGCUGUGAUGGGAAAAGAACCUGUACCAUGAGAGCAAGUGACUCUGUGUUUGGCGAGCCAUGUCCUAACACAACCGCGUACCUGGAGCUAGCUUAUACAUGCCAAAGUCCUACAACACCAAAGGAGUAAACAUACUGAAACACAAGGACUCUAUGAAGUAACAUUUCCGCACAGAACGGAUAUUCUUUCCACCAAUGCUUUAUGAUCAUGAAAUCAUCCUAAAUAACACUGUCAAGUCUGUGGAGCUCACUUAUCUUUUAGGCUGUUUAUUCAGGAAAUGCUUUAUAUCCCUACAGACUUACUCAUAAUUCCAAAGUUGCUCUAAUUUCACACAAUACACAAACAUCAAUAAAAUAAAUUAAAUAAGAA